CAUAUAAACUCUUCUUAAACCCGGGCAUUGUAAGUCUAUUUUAAAUCUAUAAUUAACCGCUUCCAAUUGUGCCCAGCAUGAAAUUGUACUGGGCAGGCGAACAAUUUUUCCGAAACCUGCGUCUACAAUAUAUGCAAGUCUAUGAUACUUAUACUGUGUCAAAGGUGAGAGUAUUCCACUAUAGUACCGGUAAAUAACAAAAGCACUCAUGAAAAUCAUAUGGGUCAACAAGUGAAACCGAUACUGUCAGAGACAUUGAACUCUGCAAUGUAAGGCAGGGAAUGAAUUGAUAAAAUCAAAAUGAGAUUUGGAAAGCGAAGGUAGCCUUAUUUCCUGCUGCAAGAGAAGCUCCUCUCCAGAAUGGCCGCAAAAUCUGUAUCCGUCGUCUUAAUGAUAGCAUUCACCUUCCAUGGAUUAUGCAGGGUUUAUUCGCAGGAGGUGUCCAGGAGAAGCCAGUACAAAACACCAGGACGAGAAAAACACUUCAAGAGUACGGUAAAAGGCGACCACUACAGGACUAGUAAAGCGUCUUGGUUUCUUGGUGGAAAACAGAUGUCCAGACCGGUCCCUGCUUUUACGGCAGAAAGUCGACGAACACUGCAGGACAGAAUGAAUACGGGCUGCAGGUCGAUGUGUAAUGUGUAUCCUAUUGUACGCAAUGCAACUGUGGCACUGCAUGCAAGGUAUCAGCCUAACUACGAGGCCCUGAACGUGAAUUCCACCCACUUCUGUGAUAGCGACACAGACUGCAGCGCAGAUGUAACGAUCGGUCGUCACUACCAAUUCGCCUGCAAUGCGUCUAGUUCGAAUCCAGCCCGUCAAAUCACGUGGCUGAUCAACACAAAGGGCAUACGGGGGAUGCAACAGACUGAAUUACCUGCUGACUGGAACCAAUCAGGCCAGGACGAGAGCAUGCACUGGAAUACCUUGAGUCAAAUCAACCUUCAGAUAUUCCCUGAGGACCACCAUAGCAGCAUUGUGUGCAGAGUGAUGUUUCCUGACGACACUACGGUGUUCAGAGAUAUUGUCAUGACAAUGCGAGUAACAGACAAUUUCAAUCGGCCGAACAGCAUGACCUUGGAUGUAAAUUCCACCCAGUCCUGUGAGAGCGACACGGACUGCAGCGCAGAUGUGGCGAUCGGUCGUCACUACCGAUUCACCUGCUACGCGUCUGGUUCGAAUCCAGCCAGUACCAUCACGUGGCUGAUUAACACGACAGGCCGAUGGGGAAUGGAACACAGAGAGAUACCGGCGGAUUGGAGUCAGUCAGGCCAGGAUGAGAACAGGAACUGGGAGACAUCCAGUCAAAUCCACCUUCAAAUACUCCCUGAGGACCACCGUAGCAGCAUCGUGUGUAGAGUGAUGUUUCCUGAUCACGCAGCCGUGUUCAAGCAGAUUGUCCUGCAACUUCAGGUCAUGGAUGAAGCGGGUAAGUACCAAAUAGAAAUCAAUGGAACAAUUUGUAAUUCCGUAAGUUUCUUUUAUAGGUUGGACUUCCCCCAAUUCGUGGUUAUAAUCUCAGAUCCACCGAACAGCGUGACGCUGGAUAUAAACUCCACCCACUCCUGUGAUAGCGAAACCAACUGCAGCGCGGAUGUCACAAUCGGUCACCACUACCGAUUCACCUGCAACGCGUCUGGUUCGAAUCCAGCCAGCAUUAUCAGGUGGUCAAUCAACACGACAGGCCGAUGGGGAAUGGAGCACAGAGAGAUACCGGCAGAUCGGAGUCAGUCAGGCCAGGAUGAGAACAGGGACUGGAAGACAUCGAGUCAAUUCCACCUGCAGAUACUCCCUGAGGACCACCAUAGCAGCAUCGUGUGUAGAGUGAUGUUUCCUGAUGACACUACGAUGUUUACAGAGAUUGUCAUGAAAUUACAGGUCACGGAUGAGCCUGAAAAUCUGAAGAAAUUGGCGAUGGCUGCCUGCAUUCCUCCAUCGCUGAUUGUGUUGAUGUGCGUUGUCAUGGUGACUGCUCGGAAGUGGCUCAAGAAAUCUAAGCUCCGUCAACCAUCCCUAGAAGCAACGUCAUCUCAUCGUCCAUCCUCCCAAAGCGAGGAAAGCCAAGUGCCUUCUGAAGAGGACGUGUACGAGGAAAUUCCUGUGGUUCGCGAUUAUCGAACGCGGGUGUCGGUUCGAGAUUAAAAUGUCAACCUCUCCCUCAGCUGAAAAAGUUGUUUUGUUAAAAUUACUGCGAUAUCGUUUAUCAUGGGGCUGGUUACCCCUGGCGGAGAAAGGGAAACAUUAAUUAAUAUUUUCUCUGCUGACGAGGAUUGAGACAACAUCGAUGAUAUCUGUGUACACAUAUGAGCCAACAUAGCGAUAGGAGUGGGGAAAAAUAUUUCCUGAUGAAAAAUGAUUGAUAAUGUUACAAACUGAAAACUUAACAACGUAGAUCCUUUAAUCUCUCUGACUGAAUAUAGCAGAAGGAAAAGUCAUUGAAAUUACACUGUGUGCGGUCUUCAUUAUAAAAAUAACUGAUGAAACCAAUUCAAACUGUUUGUGUAUGGAAUAAUUUUAAAAGAACACUCCAGUAUUGAAAUAAUUUUGCAUAGUAUUGUAAAUGAACUUUGUCAAUGGCACUACUCAAUUCUACCUUGUAUGUAAAUGCAUACAUAUAUUUCAAAAUCCUGUAAAACACUCCUAUGUAGUAGGUGUGUUCUCAUGCUAACAGGCUGAAUAUUAUCCUACAAGUUAUGCAAUUGUUCGGUAAGCCAACGAUUGGAGUGCAUAAUUGGAUUAUACAAACAAAUUUGUGUAGAGUAUAAACUUCCGGCAAAAUGGCAAUGGUAAUGCAUAGCUUUCUCCAUUAAACAAAAGCAAUCCCAAGGUUAGAUGUGAAUCGAAGUGAAACCAGUGCGGACAAUAAUAUUGCUUUUUGCUCUAUAGAAGUAUAAUUUGUAAGUGAAACUAUGAACAGAACAAAUUUAUGCAAAAGAAACAAGACAAUUGCACGUGUCCAAAGCUGGUUACAGAGCUACCUAUGUGUUCUUCUUAACUCUUUUACAUGUUCUGUCCGUAAUGUUUCGCUGCAGGAUAAGUAAACUGUUGCCACUUUCAAAUGCGGGCGAAAAGUAGUAGCUAAUUUAAUUUUGAUAUUGCCUCGCGAGCCUAUUCGAAGGCAAAGAUUCUAGUGUAAAAGUGUGGGUGGGAUAAUGAAAAAAAUCGAUUAAUCACAGAUAUCUGUUCGAGAUUAGAGCACCUUUUAUGCUGAAAUUAGUUUUGUCACAAGUUGUCGAGAACACAAAAGUCACUUACUGGCUUUGGUCGGCAACAAUUUAUUCCCUUUAUUUAAAAAUUUCUUUCAAGGAAUAUCCAUUCGUAAAGUCAUGUCAGGCAGACGGUGUCGCAUUAACUGGUUCUGUACUCUGUACUGAAUCAAAUAAUUUGCUUCAGAUGAAUAACCCAACUUUACAUGUUCGUUGAAGCCUCAUUGAACUCUCAGAAGCUUGAAAGAAGAUGAGUAUUUUGUGAUUAAAAAGAUCAUUUUUGUGUUUAUUA